GAAGCAACAUGGAGCAUUCAGCACCGGUCGCCUGAGUCAAGCAUGUGGGGACUGCAGCGGACUUCGGCGCCCCCAUGGCUGGCGCUGGCAAUCGGAUUCCUGUUCUUAGUUCCUAGCGGCCACUCUGCGGCCUGUAAAGGGUGUAUUGGAACUUACAAAUGCGACUGCACUGGAAUCAAGGGACUCCCUGGGGAACUGGGAAUCUUCGGGCUGAGAGGUAGCGAGGGACUGCCUGGAGAUAUUGGAUUCGAGGGCCCUCCCGGUACCAAAGGAGAGAAGGGUGCUUCAGGAGAAGAUGGCGGAUCUGGAGAGAAGGGCUACCGAGGAGAUGGUGGCGUUCCAGGAUUCAGGGGUGCUCCAGGAAUACCGGGAGCGGUUGGGGAUGAAGGUCCCACAGGACCGCAUGGACUUGAUGGCUGCAACGGCACAGACGGUAAGCCGGGACAACACGGUCAACCUGGAAUACCUGGCGGAAGGGGACUUCCGGGAGGAUAUGGUCCCCCUGGUAUACCAGGAGAUCCAGGGGAGGGAGGUGUCAAUACCAAGGGGGUGAAAGGAGACCGGGGAAUCCCAGGAAGACCCGGGAUAGAGGGACUUCCUGGCUACAAGGGUGAACCAGGGCGACCAGGUUACUCAGGUCCACCUGGAUUUCAAGGUCUCCAUGGAGCAUCGGGACUAGAGGGUCCCCGCGGAGAUUCAGGAGAGAUAAAGCAAGGAUUACCCGGAAUGCCAGGAGAACAAGGAGACUUGGGGGACCCCGGACCACCGGGUAAACUCGUUCAUGACGGAGAAGAAGAUGUGGAGCAUCCUCCCAUAUAUUUAUGGAAGGGACCAAAGGGCGUAAAAGGGGCCUCAGGAGAUUUUGGAUCACGAGGACUGAAGGGAGAAAUCGGACCAAAAGGACCACAAGGUCAGUCUGGUUUUAUUGGAGCCAAAGGAGUGAAGGGGGGACAAGGCCCAGAUGGACAGAGAGGAAAACAGGGCAAGGACGGGCCUCCAGGACCAAGUGGACCCAAAGGGGCAAAAGGAGCCCCAGGUUAUGCCGGAAAGACAGGGGAAGAUGGACCAAAGGGGCCACUAGGGACACCGGGUGCAAUCGGACCACCCGGAGUACAAGGAGUUGAAGGAGAACCUGGGAUUUAUAACCCUAAUUUGGAUGAAGAAGGAGGUCCUGGUGUUAUUGGACAUCAAGGGCCUAUAGGUCCUCCUGGAGAUCGAGGACUUCCUGGAAUACCCGGUCAACCUGGGAACACAGGGUUCAUCGGUCCUCCGGGCGAACCGGGGAGUGCCGGAUUGCCUGGAUCCCGAGGACCAAAAGGAAUCAGCAUUAAAGGGGAAAGAGGGAAUGAUGGUUUGCCAGGUCCCCAAGGUCCUCAGGGAAGUCCAGGUGUACCUGGUCAGUUAGGUGCUUUAGGAGAAAAGGGUUUUCCUGGGCUCACAAUAACAGGGUCACCAGGUGAAGAUGGAAUACCAGGACGUGAUGGUUUUGAUGGGCCAAAAGGAGAUCGUGGUGAAAAUGGUUUACACGGGCCAAAGGGGUUUCCAGGUAUAGGUGUCCCUAUUCGGGGGCCUUCUGGUGAGUCAGGACUUCCGGGAUCACCAGGAACUCCUGGACUCCCUGGUCUUGAGGGGCUGCACGGAAGUAAAGGUGUACGUGGUCCCAGGGGAGAUGAUUGUGGAGUGUGUUUGCCAGGUGUUCCAGGACCAAAAGGAGAACCUGGUGAUGCUGCAAGGAAUGGAGUUCCAGGCAUCCCAGGAUUCCCUGGACUCCAAGGUCAACGCGGAACCAAAGGGCAGAAGGGUAAACAUGGUCCAGCUGGUAGGCAAGGUUUGGAUGGCGUGAAUGGAAUUGUAGGAAUGGUGGGUGUACCAGGUCCAAAGGGACAGCCAGGUAAAUUAAUAUAUAUUCUACCUUCGACACUGUCAGAAAAAGGAAUAAAAGGUGACUGGGGUUUCCCUGGUAUUCAAGGACCACCUGGUCACCCAGGACCUCCAGGACUUCCCGGUCAAGAAGGACUACUGGGUUGGAAAGGAGAGAAGGGUCAACAUGGUCCCGAGGGAAUUUCUGGCAGAAAUGGAAGACCAGGUGUAGAUGGCUAUACUGGACAGAAAGGUGAAGAUGCUCUGAUUCCAAAGGAGUUCCUUAGAGGAGACCGAGGACUGGAUGGUCACCUAGGUGAAGCAGGAGAGCAUGGUGACCAAGGAGGUCAGGGAGAACCUGGAGAUACAGGUCACUUCAUUUUGGAUAUCAAGGGAGUGAAAGGUAUCAAAGGACCUGUAGGAGAUCAAGGACGUGAUGGUAGCAAAGGAAGCUCUGGUAUUACAGGAAACCAAGGUUUAUCAGGGCUCCCAGGUCCUAAAGGACAACCUGGCCUAGCCAUUACAGGUCCUGUAGGACUUAAAGGGUAUUCUGGGAUGCCAGGAGAUCAGGGACUCAGAGGACCUCCCGGAGUACCUGGCAUGGAUGGUCUGCCUGGCCCCCCUGGGCUAACAAGUCAAAAGGGUAGUCGUGGAGACAUAGGACUUAGUAUCUUGAAUGGUGAAAUGGGUAAUAAGGGAGCCAGAGGUCAGAAAGGGGAACCAGGUAGUGAGGGUCCUCAAGGAUUGCCAGGAAGACAUGGGCCUGUUGGAGAACAAGGAAAUAUAGGACCUAAGGGAGCACCAGGACUUGCAGGAUUGAAUGGCUUACCUGGUCCUAAAGGUCCACCAGGUGAUAUUUUACCUGGAGCUCCGGGUGUUCCUGGUCUACCUGGCUUGCCUGGUUUGAUUGGUGUAUUUGGAGGACCAGGCCCUAGAGGAGAGGAUGGGCCUAAUGGUCUACCUGGACUGAAGGGCUUGAAGGGAGAGAUUGGACAAUUGGGCCGUAGGGGAAUUGAUGGAGAACAAGGACCACACGGAUUCGAUGGAAUAGGUGGACGCAUGGGGAUUCCUGGAUUGCCUGGUCUCCCUGGUGAUCAAGGGUCAAUUGGUAUCCCAGGCCCUCUUGGUCCUCCAGGAAGAUCUGGAUUGCCUGGACCUCCUGGCAUCAAGGGUGGGAGAGGUGAUUUUGGACCACAAGGAAAUCCAGGCUUCAGAGGACAGACUGGACUUCAGGGUCCACAUGGUGAUCCAGGUCCUCCAGGAAUGGAGGGACUCCCAGGAGAAUCAUCAUUCAGUGGUCCCAAAGGAGAAUCAGGUGAACCAGGUUUAAGAGGGGAACCAGGAAUUGAUGGUUUGCCUGGUUUGGACGGUCUCCAAGGAGAGCCUGGAGAACCUGGUAGGAUUAUUAAUGGCAUUCAGGGAGAAGCUGGACAAAAGGGUGAAUAUGGAUUCAACGGAAAUCGUGGUCUUCCAGGACUGGACGGUCAAGCUGGUGAUAUAGGUUUAGAAGGACCAAAAGGAGCAGUUGGUGACAGAGGCUUACCAGGAUACAGUGGAUUUAAGGGUCAAAAUGGAAUUCCAGGAAUUAAGGGUCUUUCUGGAAACCCAGGUCUGUCUGGUCUACCUGGACCCAAAGGAGGGAGAGGCAGUGAAGGAGAACCUGGAAUAUUUGGCAGACCAGGACUGCCAGGGGAUCCUGGACCAACAGGAGGCCGAGGUGUGCAAGGUUCAGAAGGGCCCAAGGGCCUGAUUGGAGAACCUGGGUAUACCCAGUAUGCACCUGGCUCCAAGGGUGAAUCUGGAGUACCAGGCCUGCAUGGACUAAAGGGCUACCAAGGCAUACGGGGUGAACCUGGUGUACCUGGACUGCCUGGGAAAGUGGGGCCACUUGGUGAAAUUGGUACUCCAGGGCUCCAAGGAUUUACAGGAAUUGGUGGAAGCCCAGGUUACCCAGGAGAACCCGGUCCUGCUGGUCUACCAGGAUUACCAGGUUCAGAUGCUGAACCUGGUGAAAAGGGAAGAGCUGGUUUUAAUGGACACCCAGGAAGACCAGGGAGACCAGGUCAGAAGGGGGCUCCUGGUGUGUACGGGCCUGAUGGGCCAAAUGGAAUACCAGGACGACCCGGUGGUGUAAUCCAUGGUCCUAAAGGAAUACCAGGUCUUCCAGGAUCGCCUGGGUUGCCAGGAAGGCAAGGAAAUCCAGGGAUACCAGGACUUGAUGGAGAGAAUGGCAUUCUAGGUCCCCAAGGAAUUCGUGGCUCACCAGGACUGCCAGCAUUAAGCUUUAAGGGUGUGGCUGGAAAUCCUGGGCCUCCUGGGUUAGAGGGAAUUCCAGGACCAAAGGGAAUUCAAGGAGAUUCAGGAGUGAAAGGGCUUCCAGGAUAUGCAGGCAGGAAAGGAGAGAGAGGACUGCCAGGUAUUAAUGGUGCAACAGGACUGCCAGGUCUAUCUGGUCACAGGGGAGAGAAAGGUGAUCAUGGCCACUCGUUUCCUCCCAGUAAAACUGUGCGUGGUAUUCCUGGUGAUGCAGGUCCACCUGGUGUUCCAGGAUUUAAUGGUGGCCAGGGGCCAAUGGGAAAACCCGGACGCGAUGGACUUACAGGUUUUAAGGGAGAUGAUGGGAUAUCAGGACGUCCUGGUCUACCUGGGUUUCCAGGUCCAAAGGGUCAACCAGGGUUUUCAGGCAGGCCUGGGGCUACAGGGAACAAAGGACUCCCAGGUUUUGCUGGUUCUAGAGGUGACCCAGCACCACCAGGACCUCCUCCCAAGAGCCGAGGCUUUUUCUUUACAAGACAUUCGCAGACUACACAGACACCAGCCUGUCCUAGAGGAACAAUCAGGCUGUGGAAUGGUUUCUCUCUCCUACAUUUUCUGGGCAAUGCCAAGGCACAUGGCCAAGAUCUGGGGGCACCUGGAAGCUGUUUACAGAGGUUCUCCACAAUGCCUUUCAUGUUCUGCAAUAUCAACAAUGUUUGUGACUACUCAAGCAGAAAUGACUAUAGUUACUGGUUGAGCACAGAUUAUCCUAUGCCUGCAAUGAUGACGCCAAUUGGAGCAAACGACCUGAGGCAAUACAUAUCAAGGUGCACUGUGUGUGAAGCACCAACUCGAGUGAUUACAGUGCAUAGUCAGUCAAUACAACUGCCUGACUGUCCUGAUGGCUGGGAUCCACUCUGGAGGGGCUUCAGUUUCCUGAUGCACACAGAUGCUGGAGCUGAGGGCAGUGGUCAGUCUCUUGUUUCACCUGGUUCAUGCCUCGAGAACUUCCGAUCUACACCUUUCAUAGAGUGCCAUGGCAUAGGUCGCUGUAACUACUUUACAACAGCUUAUUCCUAUUGGCUAGCUACCAUAGAAGAUCGGGAAAUGUUCCGAAGACCAAGACAACAAACACUUAAAGCUGGAAGUCUUGAAACACGUGUAAGUCGCUGCACAGUUUGCAUCAGACACAGGCGAGAAAGUCGUCUCAAUAUUCCUGAUACAGGGGAAAACAUACAACCACUUCGUACGCAACCUGGACUCCAAAAUCGUGAUUCCCGUUUCAGUCAUCGCAAUGGUUAAAAGAUACUUUCAAAAAUUACUUGUCUUCUAAGUGUGUUAUGAGUGUCAACAGACAGAUAACUUUAAAGAGGAAGUGAAAAAGGCCAUUUUUUAGUCUGAAUUUUUAUGUCUUGUAGUAAAUAUAUUAUUUAUUAACAAACAGUCUUAGUAUCCUCAAAAAUAUGCAUAUUCUUUUCAUUUUAAAACAGCAUAUUGUACUCAGGCCUGCAGCAUAAUUCAACACCAUCAUGGGCAACCUGAAAUCUCUUAUCUGUGAAACAGAAAAACCAUUCUGCACAUUUAAUGUGUUUGUUUUGCUCUCUGUCAGAUAAAAAUUGAAAGUUAAAAUUACUUUUAGUUGCAUGAAUUUAAAAUUAUUGAGCACCAGAAUGACAUUUUUCAUGAAUAGCAGAAUGACAUAAUAGCUUAUUAAAGUUUGCCAUUUCAGAAACAAAAACAUUCUUUUCAGGUACUAAUUGCUUCAGUUGUAUAAUAAACGCUUUUAAGAUUUGUUAGUUCUAAAGAAUUAUGAAGAAAUAUUUUGUCAACAUAUGAAGUAAGACUUUGCACAAAUAGAAACUUGUCUUUCAAACAUCCACUUUAACCUGACUGACCAAGCAUAGAUAUUUGAGGUAGCAAAAUUAGCAUUUUUAAAGAGUAAAAUGAAUAUAAUAUAAGAAUGUUUUCAACAAACAAUCACCAUUUUACAUAAAAGAAACAUCAAUGAGUAUUACAGUUUCACAUGAUAAACACAGGCAAUAAUGCAACAUGUGCAUUUCAACACUGUACUAAAAUUGCUUUGUUUUAAAGGAACAAAACCUCUGCAGUUUCUAUGUUCAUUCCACCAGCUUUUCUACUGAUUCACUGCCACGAACUACUUCAACAUUACUGUAUUUAAUGUGGUACACGUAAGCAACACAUAAAUAUAGGGUUAUGCUCUUACUUGUACAAUUUUAUAUUGGAACACAGGUGUGUAAUGUAUUUCAUGAAACUGAAGCUUUCAAAACAAUUUUCUGAUGCAUCUUGGAAUGGAUUUAUUGAUAAGAAACAUCAUGUUCUAGUACUUUUUAUGUUUAGCCUUUAUAAGGCAAAAAAAUAAAAUACACUGCCAUCUCA